GAAAUCGCAUAGUCGAAGGUAACACAACCACCAGGGAAGAAAAACUUCAACAGUGCAACUGGCAGUCUAGAUCGUGGCCAGGGAAAAUGAUUUCCCAUGCUGAGUCGACUGACUCAAUUGACAAGAUGGAUUUUCAUUACGCACUGAAACCUCUGGGUCGGUCUAACGCCCCGCCAGGCUGGGUGCCACUGGUGGGUGGGUGGUUCUAUAGACCGAAGUCACCUAGGCUAUGUGCAUUGCCGCCGCCCCCCCCCCCCCAAGGAGAAGGAAUGGGGGGUCCCGGGGCCACUGACACGUGCUGGCACGGGUCACUUGUUGCCCUGACAGGGAGGGACAGGGAGGUACCACUGCCUGGGUACCAACUUCAGGGUCGGUCACUGACUACUAGUUAGUUGAGAUUCAAGAGUAAUUGUUUCCAACGCAGGUUGACCCUGCCCUGUCUGU